AUGGCCCACAACAAAAAUAUGUCCACGUCACACAAUGAGUUUCCCCCGCGCGUCGACCUUCUCAAGUUGAUGGCUCAGGAUCCGCUUCCCCUGCUCGCCCCUGGAAUGAUAGAACCAGACUCAAUGGCGGGUGAUGAACCAACUAAACAAGCCCAAGUUGUAUUGGAUAACUUGAACAGCGCGCUCGCCAGAAAUGAUGCGGAGGCGCUCAAAGACUGCUUCUGGAAGGACCAGGCAUACUGGAAGGACCAGCUAGCACUGACGUACCACCUGCGGACAUUCAAAACUCCAGACAUAAUUGCUGCCAGUCUGUUGGAUACUAACAAGCUGAGGGUCAUCAUGGGAGAUAUAACGGUCGACGGUGAGGCUAUAUUCCUCCCAGUGACGCCAGUUCUUCAAUUCAUUGACUGUGGAAUUGUCUUCCAAACCAGCUCGCCAGCUGCCACUUGCAAAGGAAAGGUGAUGCUCUUGCCGAUCAAGGGCGCCAACGAGACAGUCGAGUGGAAGAUCUGGGUUCUGAGCACUAUUCUGAAAGAACUGCACUUACAGAAAGAGAAUGAGACCUUGCUUCAAUCUCCCGGCAGGCAACUCGGUGGCAUUGAGAGUUUUGAGACUGAUGUCUUCAUAAUCGGAGGCGGAAAUGCAGCUAUAGCCUUUGCCGCACGCCUCAAAGCCUUGGGGGUUGAGAGCGUCAUGGCUGAGCGUAAUGCCCGGGCAGGGGACAACUGGACUCUCCGCUAUGACUGCAUGCAUUUUCAUGUCCCCACUUCACUGUGCCACUUGCCCUAUAUGGACUAUGACAAGAAGCUUUUAACUCCCCAUCGUCUGUCGAAAGAGGAUUUGGCUUUCCAGGUACAAAAAUAUGUCAAGGAUUUCAACCUCAACAUGAUCACUUCGGCACAGAUUCAAUGGACAGAGUAUGAUCCAUCGACCAAGCGGUGGACGGUGAAAUUCCAGACUCCUGCUGGUCAACGUACAGCAAUCUCCAAACACGUUGUCAUGGCCACUGGAAUUGGAUCCCAAAAAGUGAAUAUACCAUCGAUAGCAGAUAGCCACCUGUACAAAGGUGUCAGCAUCCAUUCAGAGCAUUACAAGAAUGCCGAGAAACUGAAGGAGAAAGGAGCGAAGUCAGCUAUCGUAAUUGGCUCCGCCAAUACAGCUUUCGAUAUCCUCGGGGAUUGCCACUCUGCAGGACUCAAAACAACAAUGAACGUUCGUUCUCCGACGUAUAUGAUACCAGUGGAGCACCUCGAUCACCCAGCCAGCCUAGGCGCCUACGAUGCCGGUGUUGAGCGCGCAGAUAAUAUUUUCAUGACACUCCCGUCAUUCAUAGACGCCCAGAUCGCCCGCGGCUUGCUUGCGAAUUUCGCAUCACAGGAGCCGGACCGCUACAAAGCUCUGGCAGCAACUGGUUUUCCCGUUUUGGACAGCACCAACCCUGAAUGUGCUUUGAUGCAGAACCUGAUUGAGCGUGCUGGUGGACAUUAUGUCGAUGUGGGCGGUACCAAGCUACUAGAAGAGGGCAAGGCUGGUAUCAAGGCUAAUGUUGAGCCUGUUGCGUACACGGCGACGGGGCUGCGGUUUUCGGAUGGCAGUCAUAUUGACGUGGAUGCUGUCAUAUGGUGCACUGGAUUUGCCGAUAAAAAUGUGCGCGAAACCGCUAUUGAGAUCCUAGGCGGUUCUGCAAGUCAGGCUUCCAGCAGUUCCCAGAAUGACAGGAAAGGUGAGGCCAAUGGUACGCAGAAGCUCGGUCCUCGUGAUAUUGCUGCUCGCAUUGACGCCACAUGGGGCGUUGAUUCCGAGGGCGAGAUCCGUGGCUUGUGGAAGAGGCAGUCACGCCUUGAUGGCUUUUGGGUUAUGGGUGGCUAUACACAGCAACACCGGUGGCACUCGCGGACGUUGGCGCUUCAGAUCAAAGCUGCGUUGGAGGGUGUUUUGCCGCCGGCUUAUCUGGAUACGCCCAUUUCGAACAAUUAA